AUGCCGAAGCGUGGUUUCUUCAAGCCCAUCUUGGAUAUCGCACGAGAGGUGGUGGCCGAACGCUUUGGAGAUAACCAGGCUGAAGGAGAGACAGUUGGACAACUUGCCGCCGGCGGCGACACAACAGCUACCGCCAUCAGGUCAGCCAUGCUUUUCCUCCUUACCAACCCUCAGACAUACCUCGAGCUCCAAAAUGAAAUAGACACAGCAUUGAAUGAUGCAGCCAUCUCGACACCGAUUGCAGAGUCAGAGAUUGAGAAAUUACCUUACCUCCAGGCCGUCGUUGAAGAAGCACUCCGCAUUUUCCCUCCUAUGGCUAUGCUUGCUCAAAGCUGUAAUACUAGUCAGGAUGUGUGGGGCUUCCAUAUUCCGGCUGGCAUAAAUGUGGAACUCUCAGUCAAACCAGCCUUGCGCAACGCAACAAUCUAUGGACAAGACGCCAACUUUUUCAGGCCAGAACGCUGGCUUGAAGCACGUGACGUAAGUGCCCUGAAACUGAUGGAGGAGACAUCGAGAUUUGGCGGACCCAGCAGAUGGGAGUGUCUCAGCAACGAAUGGCCAUGA